UUCCAGCAUCGCUUUCUCUCUCCCUGUGCCUUUCUGGCGCGGUUCUCCCGCCCUCCCUCUGGCAUCUGCUUUUUCUUACUCCUUCUCUCAGCUGCUUAACUACAGCUCCCAGUGGAACUUGCACAAUUAAAAACAGCUCUCCUCCCGAGCAGCACCCAGAAGCGCAUCACCUGGAGCAGGGCGAUCGCCCACUUGCACCCGCCGCAGAGCAUCCAGGUAGCUGGGGGCGCGGCAGGGGUGUGUGGGGGGUCCUUCUCCCGCUCUCUGCAGCAGCCACAGCAUCUCCUGGGAGUCCGCUGCAUUCCAGGGUCCCGUAGCAAUGAUGCGUGUGUUUCGUAACAAUGAUGGAAAGAGAGAAGCCUCUGCCGGUGGCCAUUGAAAGCGGGGAGAGGUUGCCGCAGUCGCCACUGCCGUAGAAUGUGUGAGUGACAACCUGCGGGGCCCCGCUGGAGUCUCCAUCCCGCUCCGUCUUCCUUCGCGGUCUCCGGGAGGGAACUCGGGAACCAGAUGCACUAACCGGGCGAGUGCCACCCUGGAUCUGUAACUGUGAACUUCCCGCUGCGGAAAAUGGUCAACAAAGACAUGAAUGGAUUCCCAGUCAAGAAAUGCUCAGCCUUCCAGUUUUUUAAGAAGCGGGUACGAAGAUGGAUCAAAAAUCCAAUGGUCAGUGUGGACAAGCAUCAGAGUCCCAGCCUGAAGUACACGGGCCCCUCAGUGGUGCACAGCCCCCAUGGGGAGCCCGACUUAGAGCCUUCCUUGUGUCGGACGUGCCUAGGAGACCAUGUUUUCCAAAGAGGGGUUCUCCCUCAGGAGAAGGAGUCGUGUCCAUGGGAAACUCAACCCAGGUGUGAAGUGAAAGAACCAUGUACUCAUGCCAACAUCCUGACCAAGCCUGAUCACAGAACCUUCUGGACUAAUGAUGAUUCAGGUAUUAUUGGGAAAAUGCUCUCUGGUCCUGCGAUGCCCAGAAAGUGUUCUGUACCAACUGAGCUCUCCUCAGAGCUGACCGCCGGCCACUUGGCCAAGCUUCCCAGUGAGCCCCGGGUGGAGCAGCAGGACCUGCUCAACAGUUUGCCAUCUGCUGUGAUUAGUGCCUUGAAGUCUCCACUGUUCAUGGACUUCGAGAACGCCUCAUCCACCACCAUGAUAUUCCAUGCAGCAUUGCCUCUGAUCAAGGAACUAACUUCACAGUGA